AUCAAGAGUUUAUCACUCUCUUAUUGUGGGAUCAAAAGUAUAGAAAUGGGAGCAUUUGAAGGAUUACAUUUUCUGGAGCAUUUGGAUAUUUCCAACAAUGACCAGUUAACACUGGAUGGCAUACCAAAUGUAACAAACAGAAUCAAUCCAGAAAUUCAACUUUUAAACUUUGAGAAGUUACAUUGCAUCUCUGGAAUAAUUCGGGUCCUAAAAAUCAAACAUGUCAAAUACUUGAAUUUUACACAUUUGAAAACGCUCAAUCUUGCUUCAAACCGCAUUGCUUAUUUUGAGAGAGGUGUAACACAAUUAUUACCCAUUACAUUGAAGAAUCUUAAUGUCGGAAACAACUUACUGAUUAAGGGAAUUUACAUUCUUCAACUCAAUCGCUUAAAUGAACUUGAAACACUCAACAUCAGCUAUCAGAAUCAGGCAUACCACAGUUUUGCCGAUAUUAUGUCUUCGUGCACCGAAGAACUUGUCCAAAGGAUAUCUACUUGCGAAAAUCAGUCAGAAUCGAACUUAAAGGCUAUGCAAAUUGAGACAGACGAGAAAUAUAGUAAACGAUCAUGGUAUGACGGUUUUAACUUUACAUUUUACCUUCCUCCAAAAUUGAGAGUUUUAUACAUUCACCACACACAAUAUACGUUUCCUAUAGAUUUACCGGUUAUUGUCAAUACUUCUAUUACACAUAUUUACGCAUACAAUAAUUUGUUUAUUAAAAUCUUAUAUCCUGUGUAUAACUUAGACAAAUUGGAGUACGUGGAUUUAUCACAAAAUCUUUUGACCAAUUUGUCUGGUAUUCGUAAAACUGACUGUACUAGUUUGAAAUAUUUGAACUUAUCAUAUAACAUGCUCGGGGAUUCUUUAGAGGACAAAUCUAGUAGUGAAAUAUUUUCCCACUUUGAUAGUUUGGAAGUGUUAGAUCUGUCAACCAAUCGACUUACAGGUUUGGCACCAAAUAUAUUUACUUCUCUAACGAAUAUUAAACAUCUGAAUGUAAGUUUUAACAAAAUUGAUGAAUGGGUUGUCGGAAUGAGACACAUGAAACAUCUAGUUUCCGUGGAUCUCUCUAAUAAUGAUCUGAGUGCACUCAACAAAAAGACCAUGGCUGAUCUUCAGUCGCUUGCAUCUUUAAAUAAAACCAUCUCUGUUAAUCUUCUGGGAAACCCCUUGAUGUGCACUUGUAAUAAUAUGCGAUUUUUGACAUGGCUAAGUCGUUCUGUAUCGUUAGGCUUGCAAUUCAUCCAUCUAGAGGAAUACAGAUGUGUACUUUCUAACAGUUCUUCUACAAAAAUUGGCAACAUUACCAUAUUUGUCCACCAAAUGAAAGUGGAAUGUACGGAAUACCAGUUUAUAAUAGUAGGUUGUUCGUUUUUGAUUCUGGUAUUUUUUGGAAUCACAGCAUGGAAAAUUCUCCGCAGAUAUCAAUGGACAUUACGUUACUGGUACUACGUUUCUAGAGGUACACCUCAACACUAUAAAAACAAAGGGAUUUUCCACUUCCGGUACGACGCCUUCUUGUCAUAUGAUGAGGAAGACCAUCAAAUAGCUUUGCUAGUAGCCAAUAAAUUAGAAACUAACAAGCAUCUGAAAUUGUGUAUCCCAGAGAGAGAUUUCAUGCCCGGGACAAAUAUUGCUGAUAACAUUAUAAAUGCCAUUCACAUCAGCAGGAAAUUCUUUUGCAUCAUUUCGACAAACUACGUCAAUUCACAAUGGUCCAUGUUUGAAUUUCAAAUGGGACAAAUAGACGCCAUCCACUCAAAGCUCCGACAAGAGAAGAAUAUUUUUAUAGUUCUUUUACUAAAAGACACGCUUUCAAUCGAAGCAUUAAACCCAGCUGUUUUAGCCGUACUUGAAACUGAUUCCUGUGUUACAUAUACUUCUGGAAGGGAUUCUGAGCUUUUGUGCUUUGAGAAGCUGGAUGAAAUGUUAUGCUUAAACAAAUGA